AUAUGGCUUGAAUAGGCAGUGAUCAUCUGAAUCAUUUCUCUCUCAUUCACUUUUUUUUCACUUCACCUUUCUCGCUUCUCACAUUCACUCGCAUCUGUCUCAUUCUGAAAUAAUAUACCCCAUUCAGCAUACAUUAGUUGCUGUCUAUAAUCACAACCACAUUCUAUUGACUCUCUCUCUCUCUCUUACUCUCACAUUCUCACUCUCACUCUCACUCUCACUCUCACCCUUUUUAUUUAUUUAUUUAUUAUUAUUAUUAUUAUUUUGUUUCUAUCUCUCUCACUAAUCCUGCUUCUUCAUAGUAUCCUAUUCCUUACUGCGUACUGUAAUCUCUCAAUUGCAUCUGCGGAUACCCCAUCCUUAUACUCUUCAAUCUACUUUUCUAAUUUUUAACCUCGUCGUGGACCAUGGACUUUGUCACAUAUCAAUUUGAAUCCUCUUCCCAGUUCUACGAUGAGUUGAAUGAUCUUCUUCAAGAAGGUGGAUUCCACGAUAGUCCAGAAUCUCAGGUCAACACGUAUAUCUCUCUAAUCGUUCAAUAUCAAGGCCAGUUUCUAGAUCAAUCAGGACAAGAUUUAGCACAAUGUUGUUAUCGUCUUUUUGAUUCAGAUCUGUUCCAAAACAAUACUCUCAGCAUCACUUCCACCAUUAGUGACCGUGCAGUCCAGAACCAAGCCGAAGAGGAUUUAUGGGUUACAUAUCAUUUCCUCUACUAUGCGGGCAUGGUAACACCCAAGGCCUAUAAUUGGAUGCUUACCAGCGAGUUCUUUGCAAAGCUCAAGUAUCAAAUUUUGCGGAUGGGUGGCAUGCGACUUCAACCUCUUGCUAUCACUUUAAUGUAUGAGAUCUGUCGGGUUCAAUCUUUGAAACCCCAAGAGCUAGCAAUUUUGGAUGAAGAUUUCCUUCAUUACUUGCUGGAUCUCGUGGAGCGGACGAGGACGGAUGAGGAUGAAGGAGUAAACUAUAGCAUUAUCAAGCUAUUAUUGACAUGUAAUGAGCAAUUCAUGUUGAACCAAACAGCUUGCAAGGCUGCUUACAAUUAUACACCUUCCAACACUCUACUUGUUGUCCUGGCAGACCGACCUGGUGCAAGCUGUACAUUUGGCGAAAAUUUAAUCUUUAUGUUAAACCGAGCGGAAGAUCCAUCGCUACAAAUGCUAAUUCUCAAGCUUCUCUAUCUCCUCUUCACAUCGCCGAAAACGCAACUUCGAUACUUCUUUUAUACCAAUGACCUUCAUGUGCUUGUGGAUGUAAUUAUUCGAGAGCUUUGGGACUUACCUGAGGAACAAGAGCCAAUUCGGCAUGCUUAUCUUCGAGUUUUGGGGCCAUUGCUCAAGAACAGUCAACUUGCACAGGAGCAGGAUACAUAUAAACGUCCGGAAAUCCUCAAGCUAUUGGCACAGUUAGGUGGUGAGGAGAUGGAUGAAUCGUUGAGACAGCAUUUAUGGGAACAGGAGAUGAGAGAAUUAGAGAAGCUGCAGGCAGAGAACGAAAAUAGAAAGUUGACCUAUCGCGAUCGACAGAGUAGCAAUGCUACUAUUGCAUCUACAUCUACAUCUACAUCCUCAACUACAUCUACGCUACUUUCUUCUUUUUCUUCGCGUCCACAAGUGAGAAGCUCUAGCAUCAGUAGUUGUAGUUGCAAUAGUAGCAGUAGUAGUCUUUGCAGUAGUCCUAUCGUAGACAAAAAAACAGCACAUGCCAUUCAGAGGCCAGCAUCUUCUUCUUCUAUAAGCAGCGCUGGAUCAGUGAUUCUCGAGAAUGUGUUACCACCAGCAAGUGGUCAUAGUAGUUGUCCUGUUCAUAUGCACAUGGCCUCACCGCCAUCAACACCAGGAGCCAUAUCAGGAUUCAUUGAGCGACGAGAUUCACCUCUACCUCCUCGAUCUGCCAGCCCAACAACUCAACGGUUGGUGGAGCGAGUGUUGCGGGAGUGGCUCGAGCAUGAACUCAAGGCUACUGCUGCUGCUUCUGCUGCUGCUGCUGUAUCAUCUACUACCACUCACUGUUAAUUAGGAAAGAAGAAGAAGAAAAAAAGCGCCACACCUUUUCUUCCUUUUGUAAUAUAUAUAAUCAUUGACUCUCAAUCCUCGCUCUUCUGAUGCAUAAAGGCUUUACCAGC